UUGUUACAAGUGGAUAGUGUUAGUGUGUAAUAUAGUAAACACAAUAACGUAGCUUACUGACUGAAAUGUAAAAUACGAAAACGUAAAAAAUCAUCAAAUUAAACUUAAUUUUUCCGGUAUUAUGACUACGUUAUUUGAAACCGAGAGGUAUUAGGCCCUUAACUUAAGCUUAUACAGUGAAGACGACUCCCUACUGUCAGCUCUGUAACUAUGAUGGAGAUAUUGAGAACAUUGGGCCUACCCGGACCCAUUUGGUUUGUUAACGCAUCUCUUUCUUCAAAGUUAUCAUACAUGUCCAAAAGUCUAGUGUCUGUCUGAUUGCAAAGAAUUGUGCCAACAGUUUUUAAAGUUCAUUGUUAUCACAUUUCCUGUGGUUAAGUGUAUAUCCAACUACGACAAUCUUUAGACGAUCAUGCCAGCAGAAGAAGCAGUUGUUACCAUCCUCCACUUUAACGACUGUUAUAAUGUGGAACCCCAACCCCAAGAACCAGUAGCUGGAGCAGCCAGAUUUUGUCAAGCCCUCAAGAGCUUCAGUGAUUUGGAUCCCAUAGUGCUUUUCAGUGGUGAUAUUUUUGCACCCUCUAUAAUGAGCACCUUCACAAAAGGAGAGCAAAUGAUACCUUCCCUAAACGCUUUCGGUGUUCGUUGUGCCGUUUUCGGAAACCACGAUUUUGAUUUUGGAGUGGAUAAUCUAUGCGACUUUGUGAAGCAGACAACUUUCCCGUGGUUGAUAAGUAAUGUGAUUGAUAAUGAUACGAAUCAGCCCUUGGCAGAUGGCCAGACAACCUUUACCAUCCAGCAUGGAGGAAAAAAGUUUGGAUUGAUUGGUCUAGUGGAAGAGGAGUGGCUGGCUACUCUAGCUACAAUAGAUCCAGACGACGUUACUUACAUAGACUUUGUCACCGAAGGUCGUAAAUUAGCUCGACAGUUGAAAGAUAAGGAGGAAGUUGAUUACAUCAUUGCCUUGACCCACAUGAGAUGGCCUAAUGAUUGUAGACUUGCAGAAAACGUUGACGAAAUUGAUCUUAUUCUUGGAGGCCAUGAUCAUGAUUAUGAAGUCAAAAAGGUCAAUGGGAAAUAUGUAAUCAAGAGUGGGACAGACUUCCGAGAAUUUUCCAAGAUUACGCUGAUGUUCAAUCAUUCCAUUGUUGACCUGAGCAUCGAGAGGAUAGAAGUGUCAUCCAAGUUCGGAGAGGAUCCGGAUUUGAAAAAAGCUCUAGAAAAAUAUAACGAGGUUGUAGAAGGAAAGAUGGACACUGUUUUAGGUCAUUUUUCUGUGGACUUGGAUGGCCGUUUUAGUAGUAUUCGAACAAAAGAAACAAAUCUUGGUAACUUUUUGUGUGACAUAAUGUUGUCUUCUACACACUCUGACCUGGCCCUUUUAAAUUCUGGAACUUUGCGCUCUGAUCGGAUUCAUCCUGCAGGUGAUUUUAUAAUGAGGGAUUUGGUGACAAUCUUGCCUAUGUUGGACCCCCUCGUGGUCCUUAAUGCUACAGGGGAACAAAUAUGGAAAGCAUUAGAGAAUUCAGUAUCUCAGUAUCCUAAACUAGAAGGCAGAUUUCCCCAAGUUGCUGGAGUCAGUUUUGCCUUUGAUCCGUCAAAGCCACCUGGAAGUAGGAUCGAUCCAAAAUAUAUCAAAAUUGGAGAUGAGUUCAUGGAAUAUGACCAGAAAUACAAGUUAGUGACAAAGAGCUACUUGGCUCAAGGAAGGGAUGGAUAUGAUGUACUCAAAGAGUGUGAGGUUCUGGUAAGUAUGUUUUCCCACUGUAACAAAAGAUGGGGACAGUUCAUCCCACAUCUUAAAGACAAUGAUGUGGAAAGACUGCUUCACAAGAGACCAAGCACUGAAAAUGGUGAUGGUAUUCAGAACUGCAACCUACCUGGAAUCUUUCAACAGGUAAAUCUGGAAACACAUUAUGAUCUUUUGUGUUUUUUCUACAGACACAGUAUAGUAAAGAUGUACGAAGACAGUAAUCUUCAAAUCCACCGGGCUCCCUUACGACGUGGUGCUAGUUUAGAUGCAGCUGGUAAGCGAAACCUGUUUGUUGCUAUGAGACAACCAUCAUUGGAUGACAUAGAGCAUGAACAAUGCAAGCUUGAGCCCAAAGAAGAUGGUCGAAUUUCUGUCUUGACCGAUGAGGUGAAAAUGCGACUAGAUCAAGAGAGAGAAGAUCAGAUGUGUCGAAUAAUGGACGAGGUGAUCGAAGAAGAGUCUUCUUCCGGAAGUUUUGACAAAAACUGAAGUUAUUUUUUUUUCUCUGUCCUUAAAGUUUGUCUUUGUAUAUGCAUAGUGAAUAAUAUAUCAGCACUAUUUGUUUUAUAUUUUGAGCUACCGAAAAUAUCAUUGUCAUCAACAAUGGAGAUCAUAGUGGUAAGUAAAAUGGCGUAAUAGAAUAGAAAAUCAAGACAGAACUAGAGGUAGAAGCUUGUUAACAUUUAUAACUAUAGACUAGUGCCAUCUAUUAGAAGUAAUAUUUCAAAUGAAAUUAAAUCAGUGGAUUUUUAUAGUUCAUUUGAUUUAUCAAGACAUGAUAGUAUUUAAUCAUGUUUCACUUGGUGUAAUAACAUUUCAACGACAUUAAUUUAAUGAAAAUAUUUUGUUUUGCUUAAAUAUUCAAGUAAAGAAAAAGAUAGAAUACAUUUAAAAUCUAAUAAUGUUUGCUUGAAAAAGGGAUAAAUUAUACAAUUUAAACAGUUCACUAGUUUAAUAUUCGCUUAUUAAUAUUUAUUCCCAAAUUUAUUAUUUAAUAUAUAUAUAUAUAUUGGAAAAUCCCAUUGUUGUAUUUUACAGUAGAUACUGUCUUAAAACUGCGUUGUUUCUGACAUUCUAAUAGCACUGCAAUCGGCACUUUUGGAGGGACAAUAAAACUGGCAAGUUUUAUUUCUUUGACAAAACAAAACGUUCGAAGUAACGAAUUUUUCAAAUAUGUAUAUUUGUUGGUUGAUAAUGAGAUGUUGUAUUUUAAGUCUCUUUAUGUUACUUAUUAUGUAUAACUUAAUUCGUUUAUAUUCAUUUAAUUAUUUUGUUUUAAACAAUGGUUCAUUGUUAUUGGACAAAUUAAAAACAAAGAUCCAGCUGUUUUCGAAGCAACAGGAUGUUAUCGUUAGUUUUCCUUGAACUUUUAACGUAAUGUGACGUAUUUUGGUUUAUAGGUAUCACGCCAGGUGAUAGGUUAUGUUAAACAAUUUUUAGUGGAAUUUUAAAAUCGGUUAUAAACGAUUAGGUGGAGCUAUCGAUCCUAUUAGUAACGUUAUAUUUUAAUUAAAAUUGAAAAACCAUUCUUGAAAUAUUAAAAAGAUAAACGAAUUAUUGUAGUUUAAACUUCUAAAAGUUCAAAGGCAGAUAAUAUUUAAUUGUUUGACCUGGGCGACCUCUACAAAAAAAAUAAUGCUAUGUGUUUAACAUUUGCAACAUCACAAAUAUUAGAAAUUGUGAUCUAGGUGUUAUUUUCAACGAAAACCAUUCUCAAUAUAGAUAAUUGACUCCAUAUUGAAUUACCUAUUUUAAAGUGUAGAAUAUUUAUUUGAUUACAAGAUGUAUUAUCGAAAAAUAUUAGGUAACAAACAUUGAAAUAGUCUUCACGCGCGAUAGUUUAACAUUCCCUCCGCAUCACCAGCUAAAUUCUGUUUAUAUCAAAACGCUAGCUAUUGCUUGAAUUGAGUUCUUCUGUUUAGAACAAAUACCAAACUAGUUUCAAAUCGUUUAAUUCAUUAACUUACGAGACCAACUAUCUGACGUCUGAAGGUAUUAUAUUUGCACAAGUCGCAUUGCCAUUGGUUUCUAAAACAACUGGUUAUACAUAUUUAUCGUGCAUUUUUUAUUCUUUUUUUCUUUGAAUUUAAAGUACAAAAAAAACAAACUCUUUUGUGGCCUUCUAGCACAUAAUUGAACUCUGACCUCAAUAAACUUAAUUUUCGUCUCAGAUUUUCACAAAUUGAACAGCUAUUGUACGUUACUAUUAGGUAAGAUUUUUCAAGAACCUUCUAAUUAAUAUAGCUUUUCAUAUAAUAAACGUGUGAAAGAUAACUUUUGAGUUACGCUUUGCAAUGUUUAGUGCCAAACGCUAAUGCUUAUUGGGAUAUUUUUCUAACUUGACGGUUAUGUCAGGCAGUGAAGCCUUUGCAAAGAGCGUUCAUCCGUAGAGUUAGGAUAAAUAAAAAUAACGACGAAAAGAUCUGUAUGCGAAAAACAUUUUAGUUUUUCUGUAGCUUGUGCUAAACCGUAACUACACAACUUACCUUUAUCUACUUUUCUUACAGCAUAUUGUAUAUAUCAACUUAAUACAGCCAAGAUUAAAAUUCAAAGGGCGUGGUAUCGAAAGUUGACGUUGAAAUUAAGCUAGCGUUUGAAAUAACAAUAUGAGCAUCAGUCAACAAUUAGUGAAUGGUUAGGAGGGCAACAAUUUAUCUGUGCCCGAUAUCAUCAUCCAGUAAUACUUUUACUCUACCCACCUUUUCUGUUCCCAGUUUUACUAAAAUCUAAUUAGCGCUGUCACACUAAUAUUUACACCUAGGCCCAAGAAUUUAGGAUAAAUAUAAAGUUUAAUAUUUCAUUAAAGAAUUUGGUCUUAUUUUAAUAAGACAUUUUUUUUUGCAGCACAGUGAAAAACACCGAUUUAUUUAGGCGUAAUUUGCAAACAACGUCGGAAAUCUCGCUCGAUUUCUAGGUAGAUGUUAUGCUGAAGUUAAGCUAGACUUUUCCAGCUCCUUUAACUAUUAUUUCAGCACUAUUACUGUUCCUUUCAUGCAACGAGACUCUGUAGCUCUUUAUGUGCGAGUAACUGAAAUCUUACACCAUAAGUUAUGUUCACAUACAUUUUACGGGUUUGAUUAAGUUGUUUAUAACUAGGUCUAAAUGAGUCAUUGUGUUUUCAGUGUUUUCUUUCGUUUGCAAAGUUCUGCUGUGAUGUAUGAAGGCAUGGUAACGGCUUUGACAGUCGGGCAACAUUUAUGCGAUUUGUUGACUGCUUUUCAAAGCAACCUGUAAAAUGUUUCAUACCACGUGAUCUGCCUUAGGCCAAUCACGGCAAAAAGGUCAUUCUAGGGAUAAAUAAUAUUAAUCGUUGGAGUAGAAGCGUAAAAUUAGGUAUGCUGAAUAUGCAAUAUUUUAAAGUAAAAUUGUAGGAAAUUAGUAACAAUCCACGACUACACACAAUAAAAAAAUAAUAAUUUUGCUAUUAAUAUAAAUAAAAUAACUUUUAUCUCCUGAACUUAUCUUUACUUGCUCAAUAUUUCGCUAUUACAUUAGAUAUCGAUAAGAUACAAGUUCGCCAAUAGCUCGUAUUUUGUUAUUUAUUACAAAGACAUUUCUAUUAAUGUAAAGUCCAGUUUGCGUUUUUAAAAAAGUUAACAAUAAUGUUUAGUUUUAAAUGAGGGAAUCUUUAAGAAGUUCUUACAUUGUUCGUACAAUUAUAUGUACAUCUUAUCACAGUACGUAUAAAGUUGUUAUACAAGUCAAAAACACACGAGCACAUUAACUGUCGUAUUAUACGAAUCUAUAAAUAUGCAAACAUCACAGUAUACAUAUACUGAGAAUGGAUGCCAAACACAUGUAGAAUACUUGCUGUUUAGAGGGAUUGUAAUCCUCAUUUAGUUUUCGUUCAUUCAUUCUCACCCCAAAUAUAAUGACGUCUUCAAUUCAAAGCUUUGUGCGACUAAAGUGUGGUGUUAAAAGUUAGUAUAAUUGUCAUUUCCGACGUUGGCCUUGUGCUUGUUUGUGAGGUCACAGAACUACAUUUUAUAUAUAUUAUUUGUGUAUGUACAUACACACUAUGUGUAGUGUAGCUCUGAGCACGAGGCGAGGGUUCGUUCAGUUUCGCCGAUACAUUUGAUCGUAUAUUUACGCUUCCACAAUACGCUUUCUGCCAUGCGCAUAGGCAGGAGGACUGGUGGGACUGUUUGCGAACGCCCCUCUAAAUUGUACCGAUAUACGUAUAAAACAUUUAAAUUGUGUAAAAACAGCCUCGGAUAACAUCA